UUCUGUAAUAGCAGUAAAUAUAUACAUAAGCAUAUUCCUUGAUUGACAAUUACUCUAUGUAUUACAGGAUACUUUGUCUGUAGAUAACCUGUUUGAGAAUACGCUCUAUAUUUGUAUGACAGUGAACAUAUAGCCAGUUAUUACUUGGAUAUACUAGUGAGCCCGCUAUGUAGGGGAACAAACACAUCUGACCAACACUAUGUAUAUGGCGGUUGAUGACCAGGAAAGUGAAUGUGUCUAUUCCCAAACGGUGCGGGAUUUACACAACGAGAUGAUAACAAUAUUAGAUGACGAAAUCGCACCUUUAGACGGCAUGAAAGACACUUGGGAUAAACUGUUACAACUCUUUUCAAACGGAGCUCCCCUGUCAACUAAACAGAUAAACAGCAUAAAGAAAAUUGGCGAUCUCUUUGAUUUACUUAUGAAGGAUAAGUACAUCAGUUUUGAAAACUACGAGCCAUUUGCAAAGAAACUGGAAAAAGUCCAUAAAGCAAUGGCAAGCCGUGUACGAAGCUACUCGGAUCAGAUUAAGAAACAAAUAACGAAGGAGAGGGAAUCGCUGCGAUAAACUCCCAGUGUAUGGAUGAUUUUAUGUGAUUUUACAUGAACCCAAGCCACCAGCCGUUUGAAAACACGGUAUGAAUACCCUUUGUCGGACAAAUCGGGUUUUGAAAUUGUGUUUCUUUAUUUGAACUUUAUAUACAUACCUAAACAUUACAUCAUAUUUUGAAAAAUCACAUUUAAUUAUAUGUAAUCCUAAACAUACGUAGUUAAUACAAUUUUGGAUACAC